UUUUUCUUUCUUUUCCGCACCCACCAAAACACACACACUCUCUCUCUCCUCUUUCUCUCUCUAAUCUCUAUCCAUCGUUUUAACUCUAAAACCCUAACACCAACUUCAGAUCUGCUUCCACAUUCGAUUUCUGAGUUCUUAAUUCCUCUGUUCUAUGCUUGUUCUACACUCUCAAUCUUCUCUGUAGCUAUGCAUUUCUAGUUGUGGUAGCAGCUGCUUAAAUGGCGAGCUCCGACCCUAGCAAGAAGCCCCGACCCGGACCAUGGCCACCCGCACCCGAUUCCGCCGCAAUGCCGCCUUCCUCCUGGGCUAAGCGCACUGGUUUCCGUCCUAAAUUCUCCGGCGAGACUAAUGCCAGUGACUCCGGUCAAAUUACCACUUUGCCCCUUCCCCCGGCUCAACCUCCGGUCCAGGAACAGGCUCAGGCGAAGCCCAAGCAACCGGAUAGUAACCUGGACCUUGAAGCUGGGCCGGUUGCCCCGAGGCAGGGCCCCACUUCCAACGGAGAGGCUGUAGUUGCGAGGGAUAGGGCGAAAGAGAAGGAUAAGGAGCUUACGCCGCCUGUGAGGAAACGGAGGGAAUCAGACGGCGGGAAGAAUUUGGGGGCGAACGGGCUGCCCACGGCUGGGGAGGGUAGUCGAAGAGCGAGGAAUGACGGAGCUGCCACGGUGGAUGUGCUGCCGCAGUCGCUGGACGACGAUGGGUUUAUUUCGAGGAAUUCGCACAUGAAAUACGAGCUUAGAGAUAGCCCUGGCCUUGAUUCUGUUGUUGCAUUAUUAAAAGUCAAGAUAAUGAGCCCUUUAAUCACUUUUUAUCGGUUAUGUAAUGAUGGCGGAACGGAAGAUACAGCAAAUGUCGUUUCCACUGUGCUAUUCACUUCGGGAAUGACGACGCUUUUGCAUAUAUCGUUUGGGUCAAGAUUACCCUUGAUACAGGGUCCUUCCUUUGUUUAUCUUGCUCCUGUACUUGCAAUUAUCAACUCUCCAGAAUUUUUGGGGCUUAACGGAAAUAAUUUCAAGCACAUAAUGAAAGAGCUACAAGGGGCUAUAAUAAUUGGUUCAGCUUUUCAGGCCUUCUUGGGAUACAGUGGUUUGAUGAAAAUAUUACUAAGGUAUGAGUUUAUUUCAUCAUAUAAUUAUACAAUAUUUUAUAUCUUAACUCGCAUGCCACCAUUUAUUUGUUCGCUUGGAAUUUCUUCUAGUCCGGUAAGUAAUCUGAUUUCAAAUUUCGCUUAGAAGGAUUAUUUUUGUUCAAAACUGGGACUCGAUAUAUGGUAAAAAAAAUUUACUUAGAACCAACAAAAUUUUUAGCUUGAUUCUGCGAGUCGGGUUGAAAUAUACGCUUUAGUGCGCUUUUACUGAAUAAAAUAGUUCAAUAAAGAUAGUGAAUUUUUGGAAUAGACAAUCGUUGCAAUGAAAAGCAAAGGGCAACUGAUUG